CACCGCCGCUGGCAGAUUCACGGCAGAGGAGACGCGGGCAGGCGUUUGGCGGGGCAAAAAAGCAACACAAUGGAAGCACUGUCUGCACCCACACCCACGCACCCCUCUUUUCGACUGGAAGGAUUGGAGUGGCUUCCAUUCCUGUUUUGCAGAUUUUACGUGUUGGAACUUCACUCUUGCAGUUCAUUCACACCUCCUUCUUUGUCAUUCGUAUUCUAAAGUUGAGCUCUCAGGGAAUUUUAUAAAUCGACUUCAGCCAACAAAUAGUGCAGACAGACCUUGUACCAAGUUUCGUCUCUACAGCAAAGAGUAUUGUGGUCGAAACAAAGCAGUUACGCAAACACAAGCUUGUCCAACAUUACGCAGCACCAUUCUAUUUGACGCGAUAUCUACAACCUACCGACCCUCAAAGCCAUAGACCACCUACCCGAGGGAAAAUAAGUCAAGAUGGCAGAAUCCGCACGAGAAAUCCUCAAGAAUAUGUCGCUUGCCAACCGCAAGUUCUCGAUGAACCGUAAUACGGGGACACCGAGAGUCUCGACCAAGGCGCAGAGGAGGUUCAGUACGCAUGAUCCGAGUGCGAAUGGUAUGUCUUGUGUUUCUUGCUUGCGUGUGUUUCGAUGUGUGUAGAAGAGGCUGUGGGUUGGGAGCAGCGAGAGGAUGGCGGGGUAGAGAGGGGAAAUUCGAGAGGAUACUUCGUUGUGAGGGAAGAGCUUGAAUGAAGUCAGCGUACUUUUGUAGGAGAAGAGUCUGCAGAUAGACCGCGGAGCAGGAGGAGAAGUCACAGGGAAGAAGAAAGACUGACAUGCCUCGUCCACACACAGAAACCAACUCUAAUAUCCACAAGCAAUUCCGCAAUGCUCACGAAGGUCACCGCCCGCACGCAGGCCUCGAUCCUACCCGUGCCUCCACCGGUGUAAUCUGGUGUACUGAACGAGCCUACGAACACGGCUUCCUCGAAGAGCCAGAACUCUGGGCCAAUCUAGGACAAGGAGCUCCAGAAGUUGAUGACGAGAUCGAAGGCUCCUUCGAGCGUCCCCACAACAUCGACAUUACCAUGGCAGGCCGCGAAUACGGUCCUACAGCUGGCAUCAAGAGCCUGAGAGCUGCGGUUGCGAACCUGUAUAAUGUGCAUCAUCGAGAGGGCAAGAAGAGCCAGUACAGCUGGGAGAAUGUGUGUAUUGUGCCUGGAGGAAGAGCCGGCUUGAUUCGCAUUGCGGCCGUUUUGAAUAAUGCGUAUUUGGGGUUCUUCAUUCCGGAUUACACAGCGUACAACGAGAUGUUGAGUCUGUUCAAGAAUUUCGCAGCCAUCCCGUCUCCCCUCUCAGAAGAGGAUGGAUACCACAUCAACCCAGAAAAGAUCGCUGACGAGAUCGCUCGCGGCACAAGUGUCAUCCUGACAUCUAACCCACGCAACCCUACUGGCAAAGUAGUCAAGAAUCCCGAGCUGGCCAAGAUCCAGGACAUCUGCCGUGAUCGCGCUACACUGGUGAUGGAUGAGUUCUAUGGUGGAUACAAUUACACCAGUAACUGUGAUGGGACCACUAUCAGUGCCGCUGAGAAUAUCGAGGAUGUUGAUGAGGAUGAUGUGUUGAUCAUUGAUGGCUUGACCAAGCGAUUCAGACUUCCUGGCUGGAGAAUUGCGUGGAUUGUUGGACCAAAGGAAUUCAUCCAAGCCAUUGGAUCAUGUGGUUCUUACCUCGAUGGAGGAGCCAAUGUUCCUUUCCAAGAAGCUGCUAUUCCCAUGCUUGAACCCGAAAAGGUCCGCACCGAGAUGAAAGCCCUGCAGACUCACUUCAGAGAGAAGCGCGACUAUGUCGUCGGCCGUCUCAACUCUAUGGGAUUUAAGAUCACCAAUGUCCCCGACAGUACCUUCUACCUGUGGCUCGACCUCGAAUGCCUCCCUGACCAGAUCUCCGACGGACUGAACUUCUUCCAAGCAUGUCUGGAAGAGCGCGUCAUCGUUGUCCCGGGUAUUUUCUUCGACUUGAACCCAAGUAAGAGAAGAGAUCUGUUUGAUAGUCCUUGCCAUCACUUUGUGCGCUUCUCGUAUGGACCGAAGAUGGAGACGUUGAAGAUGGGCUUGGAUGGUAUUGAGAGGGUGAUUAAGAAAUAUGCUACCGUUGGUGAGUUUGCCUUCUCUUGAAAUCGACCUAGGCAGCCCAGCUUCACAACGGCUUCUGAUCAUUGGGUACUGACUCCAAAAAUAGAAUCCGACUCUGAAUAAGCUCUUCUCACCAAUCUCACUCUGUCGACUAACUCUCCUACGUCAAAUCACUGAACAUCUGAUAAUCGAAUCGCGAGAUCUGUAAAAGUUCCUUUCUCCUAUAUCCACUCUCCUUUCAGGGAAGUCGUACAUAGCUGCUUUGAGGAUGAUAGAGAUCUUUGGGGUUUCCUUCCCUGGUAGAUAUGUAGCACGAUUCGCUCGCACUUCAUAGACAUACACACUUCGAUGAUGAAAUAACGACGACUUGCAUUUUUGCCAUCCAUCAUCCUUUACAUGUUGGGUCUCUUCAAUCUCCUGUUCGAUGGAAUCUAAAUUUGAAACGGAGUAUGAUGUACAAUUGAAUCACAUACAAACCUACCUGCCUAACCUCGUCUUCGUCUCCAUCGUGGAAUUGAGUUAGGUUUCGGAUCUCGUCAUUGUCCGAAUGCCUAUCGGGAGUUUUGUGCCGCAGAAAAGUAUCCACACGAAAACACAAUAAUAAUGGGGGAAAGAGGUUGAACUUACCCGCAUUUAAGCUCUAACGAUAAGAUGUCACCUAACCCCCGUAGUCUGUGUAAUGCUGGCGCCUCUGCGGUACGAUCUACUUGAAUAUAAAUUGUUGUUGAGUUCGCCUUCAUGAUGGAUAUUAAGUGUGGUAAGCGCUACGAGACCUCGGGACCCUUUGUGAUCCUCCUACUGCACAAUUGGCCGGCUCAUUUCCUACCCACCUCUUGUCGGCCUCACUGACUUUUAUCCGAUAAGACCCAAAACCUCUGCAAAACUCUAUGGUGAACUAACCCUGCUCUACGUAAUAGGAAGGCGUGUAGGCAUCUUUCAUAAAUCUUUUCACUUUCCUGUACUUUUUUUUUCAUGUGCUGUGCCACCAUGAGUGAGGAAGAGUGGG